AUGCACUCAUAUCAAAAGAUUGAAACGGCCAGCGAUGAUGAGGCCCAGUAUCCAGUUGUCCUACAGCGACCUUCAAAGGUCCAGUUAUGGUCAACACGGAUUCUAGGUCUUCUCGUUCUUGUCCUAUCAUUCACGCUCGUUUGGGGCUGGCAAUGCUACGAGGAGCUGCGGAGCAGCAUCUCCAGUCCGGGAUCAGAUGUCCAUGAGAUAUUCUCAUCACAAAAGUCACCAUACACGGGGCUCGGAUACGAUGUUGAAGUUCCAUACACGCAUCACACUAAAUAUACAUCGCACAACCUGACCGAGGCGAACGAGGCAUGGGAGGGUUUAAGCAUCGACCCUAUGGUCAUUGCGCCAACGAAGGAGGAACAGGCAAGCCUUGGGCUGCCUGAGUCCUGGCAAUUCCCAUGGGACUCUAACCGAAACAUUUACUUCGUGAAAGUGUUCCAUCAAAUGCACUGUUUGAAAGUCAUGCGCAAAACAUACCACGAGCUCUGGGCCGGAGAGGAGGGUUCUAUUCCCCCCGGGCACAUCGAGCACUGCCUAGAUACCCUGCGCCAAGACCUGAUGUGCAAGGCAGACGACACCCCCAUGCCCUCCCUCGAGCUCCUCAACGGCGGCGGCGAGAACCAGAAUAUGCACUGCAAGAACUUUGACAAGCUUGUGGAAUGGACCCAGGCCCCCGAGCGCAACGCCUGCUACAAACGACUCACCGACUACAAGACGAUUGUCCACAGCAUCGAGCGAUACGCUUUCUGCCCCCGCGAUAGCGAGCACUAUGACACCAUGGACCAAUAUUUCAAGGAACAUGGCCACUUUGCUGAUCCCUUCAGCGAGGCCAUGGAGCAGUCCCAGCAGAAGUCAGCUUAUUUAGAAGAAGGCAGUGUUAAGCCAGAGUCAGACAGCUUGUCCACGCCCGAGAUAGUAGACUUCGUCGAAAACGACCCAUUGAAUCCCCUCAACUGGUCCAACACCUACAAGUGGUUUAUUGUCGUUCUGACAGCUCUUCUCAGCACGAUAAUCUUGGUGAAAUUGUCGCUCCUCUCAUGUGGGGGGCCUCUUUCUGAGCAAUAUGGUCGACAAUGGGUUCUUCACGUUGCCAACCUGCUGUUCUUCGCCUUCCUCGUGGGGACGUCUCUAAGUACCAGCAUUCAGAUGCUUAUCGCCUUCCGCUUCCUCAGCGGGUCAGUCACCGCAAUAAAUUCCAUCGGAUCUGGCAUUGUGAAAGACCUAUUCACAGAAGACCAGUGUGGGCGCGCGGUCUCCGUCAUGUCUCUGACAGGUGCUAUUGGACCAGUCAUUGGGCCUAUCAUCGGAUCAUACCUCGGCGAGAGAGCAGGCUGGCGAUGGGCUUUCUGGUUUCCAACCAUCGUAUCUGGGGUCCUAUCCGUAUUGCUUCUGGCAAUCUACCGGGAGACUUACAAGGUGACUAUCCUCAAACGCAAAGCUAGGAGACUCGCGCUUGAGAGCGGAAAUGAAAACAUCCGUUCAAAAUACGACAAGGCAGAUGAGUCGACGGGGAAACGAUUAUGGAGCACCGCAAUCCGCCCGCUUCACCUGCUGUUCAGAUUCCCUUUACUGGCCUUGAUCACAUUCUACAUAAGCAUUGUGUAUGGGUUCGUCUACCUCAUUAUGACAACGAUCGCCCCUGUCUUCCAGUCUCAGUACGGGUUCUCUGAGGGGGCGUCGGGUCUUAGUUUCCUAGGUUUAUGCCUGGGACUCGUUUGCGGCGCACUUCUGUGUGGAUGGGUCCUCGACCGAUACAUUCGUUUUGUAAAGAGCCGGAGGGAAGGACAAGAGUUCGAUGCUGAGCAGCGCUUAGCGCCUGUUUCCUUCGCCUGUCUACUGAUGUGCGGUGGCUUCCUAGUCUUCGGCUGGACCGUUCACUUCCACGUUCAAUACGUGGUCCCCAUUAUCGGGACCGGGAUGAUUGGCCUCACUCUUGCAAUCAACAGCAUUUGUGUCCAGGCUUAUAUCAUCUCUUCUUUCGGAAUAUACGCUUCGAGCGCAGUUAGUGCGAUGCUCGUGCUAAGGAAUGCAACAGCGGCAUUUUUACCUUUGGUGGGCCCCCCCCAUUUUCGAUAA